CCAGCUCAGCAUUUCCUUUGCCCCUUUGCAGCUGGUGCAGGAAAUUGAAUGCUGGUUCCUGCUUCAUCCUUCUUUGGUGGCAGGGGACUGCAGGAGCUAGAGCAGGUUAAAUUUGUGCUGGAUAAUCCAUUUGUCGGGCCGGUUUGUGUGAAUUAGGGUUUGGGGCGCAGAAUGGAGUCUGGCAGGGCGAGCGCUGGCGCAAUGGAGGCGGCACUGAACAGGCUCCAGAAGCUGGCCCUGCACUUGGGCUCUGAAGCCGGCUUCGAAAGCAGCCCGCUCUCUGCAGAGCCGACCGCUGCUCGUCUCUCAGAGAAGCACAGCCAGCUCAGGGUUGAGAAGCUGCAAGCAUUUCUGGCAGGGAGCUACAAGGUGGACAAGGAGCGCAUCUAUGCCUUCUUCCAGAAUCACCCUGAGCUGCAGACGCCUGUGGAGAUAUCGAAAGUAGAGCACAGGGAGCUUGCUUACAAGCAGAUGAAAGCCCUGGUGCAGGAAGGGGGCCUCAAGCCCCUGACUCUGCUCAUGACUGAUCCAGCCAAGUACUACAACGUUUUUGAGGCAAUUGGGACGGUGGAUUUGUCCCUGAGCAUCAAGAUGGGGGUGCAGUACAGCCUGUGGGGGGGAAGCGUGGUGAACCUUGGGACGCAGAAGCACAAGGACAAGUAUGCGGUGGCAAUUGAGACCUUGGAGGCCCCCGGGUGCUUUGCAAUGACGGAGCUCCAUCACGGGUCCAACGUCCAGGGCGUCCAAACGACCGCCACCUACGACAUUGCUCGCCAAGAGUUCGUCAUCAACACGCCCAACGAGGGCGCCACAAAAUGGUGGAUUGGCAACGCGGCCUGCCACGGGAAAUUCGCCACCGUCUUUGCCAGGCUGAAGCUCCCCUCCGCAAAGAGUCACAUUGACGAAGACAUGGGAGUGCACGCGUUCAUUGUGCCGAUCAGAAGCUUGGAGGAUCACAAAGUGCUGCCUGGGGUGGAGAUCAGGGACUGCGGCUACAAGGUCGGGCUGAACGGAGUGGACAAUGGCGCGCUGCGGUUCCGGAACGUGCGGAUACCGCGGGAGAAUCUUUUGAACAGAUUCGGUGAUGUUGCUCCUGACGGGACCUACUCGAGCCCCCUCCCUUCGGCCAGCAAGAGAUUCGCUGCCACCCUCGGUGAACUGGUGGGUGGACGUGUCGGCCUGGCCUACGGGUCUGUUGCUGUUUUGAAAGCCGCCUCCACAAUCGCCAUUCGCUAUUCGUCCGUUCGACAACAAUUUGGGCCACCUGGAGAGCCCGAGAUUGCAAUCCUGGACUACCAAUCGCAGCAGCUGAAGCUGAUGCCUAUGCUCGCGUCCUCGUACGCUUUCUACUUCGCCGCCGACUAUUUGGUGAAGCGUUACGCGGAGAUGAAGAUGACCCACGACGAGGCGAUCGUUGCGGACGUGCACGCGCUCUCGGCGGGGCUCAAGGCGCACAUCACAGCGUAUACAGCGAAGUCGCUCAGCGUCUGCCGGGAGGCGUGCGGCGGACACGGCUACGCGGCUGUGAACCGGUUCGGCGCUCUCCGUAAUGACCACGACAUCUUCCUGACGUUCGAGGGCGACAACACCGUGCUGCUGCAACAAGUCGCGGCGGACCUGCUCAAGCAGUACAAGGAGAAGUUCUCGGGGGGUGCGCUCGCGGUGACGUGGCUCUACCUCCGGCAGCAGAUGGCCACGUACACGUCGCAGACGAACCCGGUUGCGACCCAUCGGGGCAGCGCGGAGCAUUUGCGGGACCCAACCUUCCAGCUCAACGCGUUUAGGUAUCGGACGGCGACGCUGCUGCACACGGCGGCGCUGCGGCUGCGCAAGCACAGCGCGCGGCUAGGCAGCUUCCAGGCCUGGAACCGGUGCCUGAACCACCUGCUCACGCUCGCUGAGUCGCACAUCGAGUCCGUCAUCCUCGCCAAGUUCGUCGAGUCGUACAAACGGUGCCAAGAUCCCGAGGCGCGCUCCGCGCUCAAAACUCUUUGCGACCUGUACGCCCUUGAGCGGAUUUGGAAGAACAUUGGUUCCUUCAGGAACGAGGACUACGUGGCGCCGAGCAAAGCGAAGGCAAUUCAACGGCAAGUAGAACUAUUGUGCUACGAAGUGCGUGGCAUGUCGGGACAGUUGGUAGACGCCUUUGGCAUCCCCGACUCGAUGCUGCGGGCACCCAUUGGGCUGAAAACCGGCCAAUACGCGGAAUACAGCUCGAUGAUUGGAUGGUAGAAGGAUCAUUGUCGUUGUAAAAUAGUAAGCAGGCAAUAUCUUAUGAUUAUCCAAUACGUUCAUGAGAAGCUAAGCUCCUUCGCAACUGUUGAGGUUUGAGCGUGGCGGCCAACAUUUUUUUGGCACGAUUAUAUAACGGCUCGACUAGGUAUGGUGGACUUCAUGCAAAUUCCUACAUAAUUGAUUUAAGUGACGUUCAGCGUUGAGCUAUAGCUGGCAUCAAAUGUGGACCUUCCGACCAAGUUAAUUUAUCAAAUGGUACCGUACGGGGUCCUAUUUGAGGACUCCGGAUUGGUGUUUUUCCA